CAGGUGACGGAGGCGAAGGGUUUGGGUUGGCUGCUGGUCGGCAUGGUGACGUGUGCGAGCGCCGACUUCUUCGUGGCGAGGCCUCAGCUGAUGCUGGUGGACAUCACGGAGCUGGGAACCAUCAAGCUGCAGCUGGAGGUCACCUGGAACCCGUUCGACAGCUCUGAGAAGAUGAGGCCGCUGUCCGUCAGCAAGCAGUCGGUGUCGAGCAGGAAGAGCUCAGUGUACAGCUGGACGGCGCCGAGCACGCCGUCCUUCACCGAGAAGUACUUCAUAUCGAUGGUUCGGGAGCUGCAGGAUCAGGAGGGUUCGCUGCCGUCGCUGGUGUCCAAGAGUCGCCACCACAGAGGAGGAGUGUCGCUGCUCAGCUACCUGUCCAACCCGUCGCACGUCUCCGUGGCGUCCAGCAACAGCCCUCAAAGCCCCAACACCCCGAGCCUCACCAGGGCUCACAGCUACCCGUCCAGCCCCAGCCGAGGCACCAGUUUCGGGGGAAGCCAGACUCGGCUGUCCCUGGGAGAGGAAGACUCUCUGGAGGAGAAGACGAGGGAGGAGGAGGAGGAGAAGGAGGAGGAAGAGGAGGAAGAGGAGGAAGAGGAAGAGUGGGAUGAGCCUCCUUCUUCACCAGAGGAGAGUAACGGUGUCUCCCUUCAGGCCUUACAGAGGUCCAGCACUCCGGACAUCCUCAGACAGAACACAGCUGGAGAACUGGACUCUGAGAAGCAAAGUGCAGCUCCGGGGCAGGACUCUGUCGGUGUGCAGGACCCUCCAGACCAUCAGACGUUCUCCGCCCCGGCGUCGCCCCCUCAGCCCCCGGCCACGUCUCCGUCCUCGCCCACGUCGGCCGCUCCUCUUCCGGGGAGGCCGGCGGCGGCGAGCGGCGCCCAGCGCGGAGCUCAGGCCGUCCGGCUGGGAGCUCUGGUGGCGGAGCUGGAGAAAAGUCUGCAGGACCAGAGCGGCUCUGACAAGGAGCUGAGAGCGCUGGACCACCAGGUGCUGCACCUGGCCACCAUACUCAAGAACGACCUCUCCAUGCUGAGGAGCUCCUCGUCAGAGGAGACUCUGGCCGUGGAGGAAGUCCUCGGCAGCUUCGACUUCCUGUCACAUGACUUCAACGGGGACGACGACACUUCCUGUUUGGGCAGCCUGAGACUAAAGGACAGCGGCAUCAGUUCGUUCCAGCAGAGCACUCUGAGGAGCCUCGGCCUCCUGUCCCAUGACAGCCAAUCGGCUUCUGAGGAGGACCUCAUCGUCGCCCCGCUGACUUCUGGGAACUGGAGUCUUGACCAGGCUCUGGAGACUCACCUGGACAUCUGCUGCAUCCUGCUGCAGAUGAUGAAGAGGACCGACUUCGCCCCGUCGAGGCGGGAGCUGCUGCAGGAAAUGGCUCUGCAGGCCGAGGUCCUGGACAGAGUGAGCUGUCUGCUGCUGGAGAAGACCGACGGCAUCACGGCCCGAGACGUCCUGCCGAAGGCCCAGAGAACCAGAGACGUUCUGCAGUUCUGGGACGAGUGCGUGAGCGACGCCGGCUCCCCUUUCUGUUGCCAUGCCGACGGCUUCUCCCGGGCGCUGAAGAAGCGCUACACCCACAAGGUGAAGGCCAAGCAGCCCGGCCAGUCGGAGAAAGUGUUUUCUCAGCUCCUGCAGCAGGUGCAGGCGUCCUGCCGGGUGCUGCCCAGCUGCCGGCCGGUCUGCAGCCCAGACAGAGUCACCCUCUUCCAGCUGUCGGUGUAUCUGAAGCGCUGGAGCUUCCAGGAGCUCGGAGAUCACAUCUCACGCCUCUCCAAAGAAGAGUACAUCCUCUCGGCCCUGCGGAGCCCCAAACGGAGGCGGGCUUUAAACAAGCUUCGUGGGCGGAGCCUCUCGGAGCUCCUCCCACUGGGAUGCACCCUGCAGACGCUCGCCGCCCUGCAGAUCGACUCCAACCACAAAGUCUGCAAAGCUGCCGCCAACUGCAUCUGCAGAGCUGCCGGCUGCAAGAACUUCAGGACCAAG